AUGGAUCUAGCAAGUACCAAAUACUUUCAAGCUCCACUUUUAUUUCCAUCUAAUGGGGAACCACCGCUGGAAACUAAUGCAAUCCUUUAUGGGCAAAGCAACGACAACCCAUUUGCAGACACUUUCCCUGACCCACUUUGCAAGCUCAAUCUCAAGGAGACAUCUGAGUUUGUCAAGGCAUUUCCAAUGGCAGCUUCAAACAACAAAACAUAUAACGGAGGAGGAGGGUUUUUGGAUGUGUCAAUUCAGAGGAGAGAAGGAGUGAACUCUGUCACAACACAAAGGAGAGUUUUGGAAGCUCCUUCUACACCAGGUAGGCCUGUUUUCAGCUUCAGUGGUGGCAAUCUUGCUAGGAAGAGCUUUCCUUCAAAGUGGGAUGAUGCAGAGAAAUGGUUAAUCAACAGCUCCUGCCAUGAGUCUCCCGCUCACACCCUAAACCCACCAUCUGAGUCAUCAAAGAUGAGUAAACAAUGUGAUAACUUUAAGCAACAAACUGAGGUAUUUGCUGAGAAAUCAAGGGUCACUGAAGAAAAAGUUACAAAGGUGGUCACAAACUUUAAAGGGUCAGUUUCUUUGGAACACCAUAAUCCAACCAGAGGUUUUAAUGGAAUACAAGGCACCACAGAUGUCCUUCUAAAAGAUAAGUUCACGGAUGAGGUAGAACCAAUUUUACCAAAUUUCAGAUACUCGGAGCCCUCAAGAGAAGGAUUUCUUUUCAGAAACUCAGUCUGUGAAACCAUGAAAGAUGCAGGCACUGAAGUAUUCCAUGAGGUUAAUCAUAAAGAUGUUGGGACAGAGAUGACUCCACUAGGAAGUUCAACAACUUCUAGAUGCCAUACACCAUUCAAGAGCUCAUCACCUGCACGGCAUAACACACCAGCUAAUAGGUCAGGUCCAUUGGCAUCCGCCAAUUCCAAUAGUUCUAAUAGCACAAUUGACAUUUCCCAGCUGCAAGAGUGUCAUCUAGCUAAGCUACAACUCGGGACGCAGUAUGACUCCAUCACAUCCAAUUGGAGCUCAAGGGAAGAGGAGGACGAAGAAGUAUCCAAGAGCCUUAGACAUUUCGAAACCGGCAGUGCAUGCAGGAAAAGUGUUUCAGAUUCAAGAGCUGCUGCAUGGGAGGAAGAGGAAAGGACAAAAUGCUGCCUGAGGUAUCAGAGAGAGGAAGCAAAAAUUGAAGCUUGGGUGAACCUUCAAAGUGCCAAAGCAGAAGCUCAAUCAAGAAAGCUUGAGGUGAAAAUACAAAAGAUGAGAUCCAACCUAGAGGAGAAAUUAAUGAAGAGAAUGGCAGUUGUCCAUAGAAAAGCAGAGGAAUGGAGAGCAGCAGCCCAGCGACAACAUGGUGAGCAAAUGCAAAGGGCAACCGAGCAGGGGCAGAAGAUAAUUAAACGAAAUAACUCGCAUAUUUCUGGCCACAGCUCAUGUGGUUGCUUCCCCUGAAAUAACAGUCACUAAUGAAGAUUUUCAAAAGAAAGA